AUGUCAGUCUGACCACUCACCUUGAUGCCGCAAAGCCUUUCACCCCGAAGUCAUCCGAUGUCUGCCUCAUGCGAUUAGAGUAGGAUUACUAGACAUCUUUUGUGACAAUCACUACUCAGUGUGCUGCUUCGACGAGCGGAAUGGCGUAAAAGCUUAAUCAUUUAGAAAGAAUGGGCUAAGCGACCAUUUUGAUCCGAAAGCCCACGAAUUAAAUAACAGCCAUAUUUAUAUCUAACAAAGUACAUUAUAUCUGACGUGAGCAGACCUUCCAUCGAUUAGACCACAAUUACAAAAGGGGUUUAGCAGACUGCGAGGAGAGGAAACACCUGUCAGGUGAAAAGGUCUUUUGGCCUGUGUAAUUUACAACUGACAUAUUUCGAUGAGGAGAAUGAAGAGGUAUCAAUCAACAGCCAAUUGGAAUAUGAAGAAGCCCUGAAGAGUGCUGCACGACAGGGGAACAGACUACAAAUGAAUGUGUAUGAGACGAGGGGCAGUAGAGCCACAGUGCCAGGACCGGGCCCACCACCAGGGUCGGGGGUGGGCUUGGGCCAGGUGAAACCUGGUACUGUUGGAGAACCCAAGAAGGGAUUCAGGCCUCCUCAGCACUGCCCUACUUUGGCACAAGUGGUGAGUCGCAAAGUUCAGGCUGCAGUUCCAGAGGAAGGAUUGGUAAUUGUAAAUGAAGUCAAAGGUGGGAAGGCAGAGGAUAAGACCCCUCCAGCUUGGUUCACUUCAUACAUGGAAAAGUUUAAGGAUCAAGUGGUUAGAGAGGCAGUAGAGAAGAUUUGCAGGGAGUUCUCUGGACAAUGCUGCAUCCAUAAGCCAGUGGGAGCAGAGCCUCAGGUUCCUGAGGUCACCUCAUCCACUCUGCCGGGGGCCCCAAGUUCAGCUCCAGCCUGCAGUAGCUGUCGGGGCCAGACCGCAGGCGGUGGAUACCAAUGCAGUGUGUGUACCUCCUGCACUCUGUGUGAGCCAUGUAGCUUCUCACAUGAUCCAAGCCACAACCUUGUGAGAGCCAGAACUCCCCUGUCUAUUCCUGAGCACGGCUCCCCAGCACCAGAUCACAGCAGGUUCUACAGAAGGGGUGACCGGAGCUUUCGUAAGGCCGAGAAACAGCGUCUUAAAGCUGAGAAGCGCCAGCUCAAGGCGGAGGUGAAGGAGAUCAGGAAGCAACUGAGAAUGGAGAGGAGGGGGCUGCAGUGGAGCACUGCUGGAGAAGGGAGCUCUUCACCCGUCCUGCUGCAGCCACGUGCCACACAGGCAAAUAGCCCAGAUCGUCCUAAACGUCCAUGCCCACUUGCUGUGCCAGCUAUGACAGCUCUACUUUUGGAUGAAAACCUGCCUGAUGGAUCACGUCUGCGUCCUGGGACCAAGUUCAUCAAAUACUGGAAAAUGAAGAACAGUGGCAGAGUGUGCUGGGACUCUGAGACCAAGUUAAAGUUCAUGUGGGGGAACUUGGCAGUGGGCUCCGGUGAAAGAUGGCGGGAGGUCGCAGUACCCACACUACAGCCAGGUCAGGUGGGUGUCAUCAGCGUGGCACUUUGUGCUCCGACGUUAGAGGGCACCUAUACGUCCCAUUGGCGCCUGGCACACAGAGGAGAGCAGUUUGGACCACGUAUCUGGUGCAGCAUCGUUGUGGAUCCACAUGCUCCUACAGCAAUCUGUGCUGACAGGCUACUGGUGUCUCCCUGUGUCACCCCGCAGGAGAAGUCUUCCCGCACUCUUGAGAGGGAGGAGAAAUGCCGGGCCACAAGGGAACAACUACUUUUGUCAGUAAACCAGGACUGUGAUCAGGAAUUCUACAUUCCAUCUGUAGACUUACUCACAGCUCAGGACUUACUGUCUUUUGAACUGCUGGACAUCAACAUUGUGCAAGAGUUGGAGAGUGUGCCUAACAACACUCCUGCAGACAUUACUCCAUGCAUAUCACCUCUGCCCCAUGAGGGACCUCUACAGGAGAAACCAACACUGGGACUCAUCCAAGAGGAAACAGAAGCCCAAGGGGUCAGCAGCAUCCUGGAUGUGGCCCAGGGGACAGAGUUAGAGUGCAUCCCAGCACAAGAGAAAGGAGAGGAGAGCAUCACUGGGCCUCAGUUUGUCAGUCCAUCUGUUAUCCGCUCUCUCACCCUGGAAGUGACCCGUGAAAUAGCAGAGCAUAGGGCGCUUUGUGGGAGAUGCCCAGCUAAAGUGGUGCGUCCAGCCCCCCAAGGUUCAAUGUCACUUUGUGAGAGGAAAUCAGAAAAGGUUUCAGAAACCGGGCUAAUAUCUGCUCCAGCCCCACUGAAAGUAGAGAUGGCACGAAUCUCCAGCCCAGCUUCACCACAGACAGAGACCACUGAUAUAGCUGCUCCCCUGCUGACGCUUCCGGCAGAGCUCAUUAGCACAGAUGAGGGUCACGAGUCUGACAUCGAGCAGAUCCUGGUGGAACCUGCAGGUGGAGAUCCGGUAGAAGAGGGAGAGGAGGAAGUGGAUAAGAAAGAGCAAGUGAAGGACACAGAAGCAGCUAAGGAAACACGCAGCAGAACUUCAUCUGCUUCUUCAGAAGACUACAUCAUCAUCCUCCCUGAUUGCUUUGACACCAGCCGUCCAUUAGGAGAGUCCAUGUACAGCUCAGCCCUGUCGCAGCCUGGAGAAGAGCCUGCAGAGGGGGAAAAACUAGAAUCAGUGGAGACCGAAGAGCUCCAGAACCCUGUUGCUGCUGUUAGUGUGGAUGCUAAUGACAUGCUCUGUGCCUCCCAGACUCUGGAUGCUGUGCCACUCACCCCUGUAAUUGUAGUGGCACCACGAUCCUCGGUCAAAACCUGCACAGAGACACAAGAGCAGACAGAACAUGGAGCAGAGGAGCAGGAGAGGAGUAAUCCUACAGAGCCAGGAGAAAAGGAGAAAGACUCUGAGCCUAAUCAACCUGACCCUGAGAACUCAGUAGCAUCUGCUAAGUCUGAAACAGAAGAGCUCAGGGCUAAUAGCAUCACAGGUGGAUUGGUGAAGGGUGCCCUGUCCGUGGCAGCAUCUGCCUAUAAAGCUCUUUUCACUGGACAGACUGGGUCUGAGAAGCUCCCAGAAGAUGCAGCUUCUCAUGACGCUAUGAUGGCCGUGCUGGUAGAGAUGGGCUUUGGUGACCGAGCACUAAAUCAGCGUCUGCUACAGAAACACAACCGCAACCUGCUGGAUGUGGUAAACGAACUGGUGCAGAUGACUGACAACGACUGGUACACAACACGCUACUGAGAUGCUGGUCAAUUAUGCUGUUUCUCUUAUAUCUCUGUGUUUUCAUUUUCUUUCUUUCUCUGUGCAAUCAGCAGCCCAUUCCAUGAUACAGAAUCUUUCGUUCCAUUUGGGUUGUAAAGAUAGUGUGUGAGAAUGUCUGCUCCAAUGUGUAACAGAUAAUCAUUAGAGAAGCAGUUCAUCACCAUUAUAACUGUGCUUGUCAAAGUUUGUUGUUAGUGGGCAUUAGUGUUUUCACAAAGAUGAUCAUGGGUAGCUAAUGAACACUAAUAGGUAUUUAAUAAUCCAAAACUAUUCAAGAAAUAUGCCAUGCUUUUAAUAAAAAAAUGAUUUAAAAGAUAGUGUAAUUAACAACAAAUCAUUCUAAUAGUUAAAUAUGAAAAGCUCUGCAAUGUGAUAUUUUUAAUAUUUAUAGUGAUUUGUGUUACCAGGUUAAGAACAUGUUUUGGAAAAGUGCAAUCGAUCUGGCUUUGUGUGGACUCUUAAUCAUCAGCCAAGACCAAAUAGAUUAAUUACUUAUGUCAUCUUUACAUGGACACAAUAUGAAAAAUGUAAUUAUUCCUUACUGGAGAUGUCAAUAUUAAGUUUAGUGUGUGAAUGUGUGGUUUUUCCCAGUAAUUUUGAACUGCUGUUGCUUAUAAUACAUGUGGGAAUUAUUAUUAUUAUAUUGAAGACCAUUUAUUUGUUUCUAAAAAGUCCACUAAAUAGGGCACAUACUGCACUUUGUUAAUGCGUUGCCAUUUAAAUAUCUGAAAAAUGUCAUGGCUUGAUGCAACAAUGCAUUUGAAGACUUAAAUGGACUGAAAUUAACAGUGUAGAGUAUAUUAAUUCAUGCUUUAAAUUGUCAAAGAGGCAAAUGCAAUCAUGACAUAUUUGACUCCAAUUUUUUCUUGGUAAGAUGCAUCAAAGUGAGAGACAAAAAACAGCCAACUGUUCAUUCAAAAAAAAUCAAUCAAUCAAAUCAUGCAAAUUAUAUAUAUUUUGAUAAUUAAAUAGCUAUUGUAUUUAGUGUGAUGAAGAAUCACACUAAAUACACUUUACACACACUAAAUACUCAGCACUUUUCUUCAACGGGAGAUUUUGAAACUACCUACUGUCUAGAGUGUGGAAAGCAUUCCCUAUACAUCAUUUACUGUCUCCUGAUUUGCUUUAAUCCAUGAAGCUCUCACAAGUGGUGCAUCCAUCAUUUAACUGACCGAUCAUCACCCACUUGUUUUUCCAGAGCUAGGGUUUAAACAUGUUUUAGCACAUUCCUUAGGUAAGCCGUAAGAUGGUCUUGGUGCUUGCAGCAAUCAGUAGAGGUUCUGGGUGGAACUGUCUGGAUCAAGUGAUUGUAAAGCAUAAUUAUUGAAGGCAGAUGCGCCUCUGUGUUUGAUGCCUGAAUGGAGUAUUCAGUGUCUCUGCAUCUAAUGUACACAUCUGUCUGUAAUAAAUAUCCUAAUAAGUCUUA